AUGUCUGAGUCUCAACAAUCCCUCGUCAAUGGCCGUACUAACGGCUACGCCAAUGGCCGGACGGCAGAGGCUUCUGAGUGGGAUGCCAAGAUCCAAAAGCUCAAUGGCGAGUUGAGAGACGCCAAGUAUCUCGCUGGGUUCCAUGGUGAUACCCUCAUCGGAGACAAGUUCAGGCCUGGUGUUGGGUGGUUUGCCGAUCUUAGAAGGAUCUUGACAUUCCAGCAUCUUCCUGCUAUCAAGAACGUUUUGGUCCACUAUAUCAAGACCAAGACUCUGGACAAAACAAAUUUGGCAGAGCUGGUUGGCUCCAUUUCCAAUGAUAGUCUUUUACGUGCCAAGUUCAUCGAAACUGAAGUCAAGGCCAAGUACGAGCGCAUGCUUCAUCCACCGAUCACCUACCUCGGCGAUGCAUUCAAGUAUCGUACCGCCGAUGGCAAGUUCAACAGUGCCAUGCAUCCUCAACUUGGUCAAGCAGGUGCACCCUACGCUAAGACAGUGCCUAGCAAGACCCACCCAUUGGGAGCCCUGCCUGAUCCAGCCGAUCUCUUCGAUCGUCUCAUGGCUCGUGAAGAUCCCGGACCAGAUGGCAAAGGCCGACCUAGCACUUCUGGUCUGUCAAGUAUGCUGAUUUAUCAUGCUACUAUUAUCAUUCAUGACAUUUUCAGGACCAAUGAUGCUGACAAGAACAUCUCGGACUCGUCUUCCUACCUCGACCUGUCGCCUCUGUAUGGCUUCACUGAGGAGAUGCAGCGCAAGAUUCGAGAUGACAAGUACAAGCUUGGUCUUCUUAAGCCUGAUACCUUUGCCGAGGAUAGGCUCUUGAGACAACCUCCUGGUGUCUGUAUCUAUUUGGUUAUGUACAACAGAUAUCACAACUACGUCGCGACCCAACUCCGACGCAUCAAUGAGAACGGUCGGUUCUCGGUGCCAACCAAGUACCAACUGGCACCACUUGCUUCUGCCGCUAAGGAAUUCGUCAAGAACCCCGACAAAGAUUUCCAGGAAGCGCUCUGGAAGCAACACACCACGUGGAAAGACCGUCGCUCUGCCGGUAUUGACGAUGAUGACGACAAUGAUGAGGAGUACGAGGAUGUCUGCGACUUCCUCCGCCAGCGAAUCCUCGCUGCUAUUGAGGAGGGCCUGAACAAGCAGGGUGAGCUCCAGAAGGAGUUGUGCCGUUCUGUCACUGGCAAAGAACAUGAGGUCGAGGCUGAUAAGAGACUGAAGAACAUUAACCCUGAGGGUGUUCUUCAAGAGUUUCUUAAGGCUCAUGAGGCGGCUUGGGAUAAGCUUGAUGAGGACUUGUUUCAGACUGCGCGACUGAUCACUUGUGGAAUGUACAUCCAGAUCUCCAUCCACGAUUAUCUUCGAGCUCUGAUGGGAUUCCACAACUUCGACACCAACUUCACACUCGAUCCUCGAGUCGACAUGAAGAACCACAAGAACGUCUCACGGGGCUUAGGUAACCAAGUCACCGUCGAGUUCAACCUCCUCUACCGCUUCCAUUGUGCCAUCUCAAUGAAGGACGAGAGCUACGCUGAAGCUUUCAUGUCUGAGCUCUUCGAUAAGGACGACAAUUGGGACCCCAAGUCCAUGGGUCUGCCUCAAUUCAUGCAGGAAAUGGGUAAGACCAAGGCCAAGGAGAGGGUGAAGGAGCCUCUUGAGCCAUGGCAGCAGGAGUUUGGUCUCCGCAAGGAGGGACACUCUCGAUUCAAGCCUUUCAAGAGGAACGAGUAUACCGGUCUGUUCAACGAUGAGGACAUGGUCAAUGAGUUGACCAGCGCUAUGGACGAUCCCAUCGCCAACUUCGGUCCUCUCAAUGUUCCUCGCUGUCUGAAGGCCGUCGAGAUUCUUGGUAUCAUGCAAGCCCGUAAAUGGGAGAUUGGAACCCUUAACGACUUCCGAGAUUUCUUUGGCAUGAAGCGGCAUGCUUCCUUUGAGUCCAUCACUCCCAAUGAGGAGGUCCAGAACGCUCUGCGCGACUUGUACGAGAACGUUGACAAGGUCGAGCUUUACCCCGGUAUCUUCUGUGAGACCAACCAGGCCAACCGUCAAUUGAACGCGGACCCUGGUCCUUCCGAUUUGGACUCUGCGCUCUGGGCGGCCAUCUUCUCUGACGCGAUCACUCUUGUUCGCUCCGAUCGAUUCUACACAGUGGACUGGAACACCAACUCUUUGACCAACUGGGGUAUGGCGGAAGUCACUCCAGACAAUGACGUCUGCAAGAGCUCCAUGUUCCAUCGCCUGAUUCAACGAGCCUUCCCCGAGUGGUACCCCUACGACUCGAUCCGCUUCUUCCAUCCAUUCUACACAGCCGAGAAGAACGCCGAACUUGCAAAAGCGCAGGGAUAUGACAAGGAGUUCUGCAUCAAGACUACUCCCUUGAGGAAGGCCAAGAAGAACUCGCGCGGCGAGGCUACCAAUUUUGACUUCGAGGUAACUUCUUCUAAUCCUCAGAAGCCAAGUAAGACGGUGUACUUGACCCACAGCAGUGACAUAAAGCGUAUUUUGGAGGAUACCUCUGAUGUUCUUGUUCAUCCUGCUCGAACAAGGAUCUCUGACCUUCCGCCGGUGAUCCAUGAUGUUUUGAAGCCGGGCCAGAACAAUGACCCGAAGAAGAACGGCGUGUCUCAGACUGCUGCUGCGAAGCACUCCACCGUUGACCAUGAGCACAUCCAGUCGUACUUGGUCAACAUUGCGCGUAACAUCAUCAAGCGCGAGGUUGUCACUACUGAUAAGGACAAGGGUAUCUAUCAGCUCGAUAUCGUCCGAGACUACGCCAUCCCUAUCGUCACCCGCUUCGUCGCCGACUUCCUCGGCUUUGGCCACCUCCUCCGCAGCGACACCAACUCGCACGCACCUUACUCCGAGAACGAGGUCUACCAGCACAUCAACAACUGUCAGGUCUUCCUCUCCUACAACACCGAUGAGACCAAGCUUCUCAAGCGUCGCAAGGCGUUCCGAGACUCGAUGAGCUUCCUACUCAAGUUGACUGAGGAAGGUAACAUCCGCGAGGCUGGCAAGUGGCGCACCACACGAUGGGUCCAGGGCUUCUUUGGGGCUGUUGCUUCCCUCAGUCAAGAUAAGCCUAACUUCAUGACGGCUUUGGGUUACAGGGUUGCUGGUGAGGUUCUCCAGCGGGAGACGAACACGAGCAAGGCGGCGACCAUCCUCCUCUUGACUGGAUUGGAUAGCGCCUACAACGUGGUACUCGCGUUUACCUCGGUCAUGGAGUCCUUCUUCAAGGAACUUUACGCGAAGUAUCCAAGUAAGCCCUGGGGUAAGGUGGUUAGAGACUCCUGGCUCGAAAUCCAGAAGCUUGCCUUCAAUGAUGACGCCGAGUCCAACGAGCGCAUCCAGGCUCUUGUACUCAAGGUGCAAAGAUGGAGUGUUAAGCUGCCAAUCGUUCGCAAGGCUUCUCGGGAAACCACGAUCCAGGCUACUAACGAUGAUGGCAAGCCUGAGCAAAUCAAGCUCGCCAAGGGCACAGUAGUUGUCUGCGACAUCAAACUGGCCGAGGAGAACAAUGAUUCUACGAACGCUGAUGAGCGUAAGGAGCUCAAUUACUGUUCCAGCUUCGCCGAGGCUUUCAGCGAGUACCACCCCAAGCAUGUCGCUGCGACAGGCCUCGUCACCAUGGUCAAGGUUCUGGCUCAGCUCAAGAAUCUCAGACGUGGCCAUGAUACGCAGGGCGUCUCUAAGAAGAUCAACAUUGAUUCCUCUAGUGUUGGUUACGCCAACUACAUGGCCCCCAUGCGUCUCACGGAGAUUGACUUGAAGUUGAAGAAGGCUGAGGAGGACAACAAAUUGACAGCACAACAACGCGAGGCAAUCUAUCCCUCUGGAAUCAGGAAGCCUGCUACUGCCACUUAUCUUACAACUGAGUGGGAUGAGAUGGUUCCUUUCCCUACCACAUGGAAACUGCGAUUCGAUGGCUAUGGUCUCUCAGACUACAGCAAGAACGACUACGAGGUACUUAAAGUAUUUAGGAUCCCAGACGACAUUCAGCCAUUCUACCAGCCGAAUGGACCUAGCCACAUCGGAGGAUCUUUCGCUACUCCUGUUUGUGUCUGCCACAACUCAUGGAAGAACAAGGGCAAGGGUCACGAGGGUCAUGAGGAGACUGAGGCUGGCGCUCACGAGGUUCUUUCUGCUUGUGGACAUGCACAUGCGCCAAUGCCAGCUACUUCUGGAUGCAAGAUUGGUUAA